AUGAACUGGCACCUGGUCAUCUCGGGGCUCAUAGUAAUGGUGCUAAAAAUCGCUGGAAUGACUUUGUUUCUGCUUUAUUUCCCGAAGAUUUUUGGUGAAAGUGAUGUCAGCAUCACCCCCACAGGGAGCUCUGGGACAGUCUGCCCCCAGGGAUGGGAUUUUCAUGAAGGAAGAUGUUUUUUCUUGUCGGCUUCUGAAUUGUCUUGGAACAAAAGCAGGGAUUUCUGUGAAGCAAAAGGAUCAACUCUGGCUAUUGUCAACAAACCAGAAAAACUGACGUUUCUCCAGGACAUAACUGGUGCUGAGAAGUAUUUUAUUGGCUUACUAUUCCAGCAAGCAGAGAAAAAGUGGCGUUGGAUCAACAAGUCCAUGUUCACUGGCAAUGUCACCAAUGAGCGUCAGAAUUUCAACUGUUUGACCAUUGGCCUAACCACAACGUAUGACGCUGCUUCCUGUGACAUCAGCUACAGGUGGAUCUGUGAGAAAGCUGCCAGAUAA